UUUGGCAAACACAGUAUUGCUAGUUCACCCAGUGUGGUCAGCAUGCGGACAAUAAGUAGAUUUGGAACGCCAAGUCUCAUGACAGUGGGAACUACUAGCGAUACUGCCAAGUUAGCAUAUCAUUUCCGUUAGCAGUCAAUUCUCAGAUUUCAAUUAAAAUAUCGUUGAAACUGCAGAAACCACUGCGAACAAUCUUGUCAAAAUACUACUUCAUCCUAUCAGAAUCACAAUCGCGCAUCGAAUGGUCAUGGCAAGAAAGGAAGUGGAAGAAAUGAAAAAGAAACUGCAACAGUUCCGGAUAUUCGCCCGAAAGAAGAAAACAAUCAUGAGAGCGGACAUCGAGGAAAUCGAAAUUCGUAUCAGCGAGGUGCACGAGUCGAGGGAAACGUUUGAGUCGGAAGUGGUUACAGAAGGCGUGGACCCUAUCACAGGCAAGAUUGUUGCUGAACGAGUGAUGAGAUUCAUUGAAGAAUGGCUGAGAUCGGCAAACACGAUACUACAGAGACUGAGAUUGAAGAGCGCCACGACGAAGAUGCACAUCAGAAAGGCUAGACAGCAGCUUGCACAGAGGAAGGAGCUAGGCGAGUUACUUCAUGCCGUUGACUUCGAGAAAUUGAACAUCGAGAAUCAGGAUUACGCAAAGUUGCUCGAGGAAAAGAAUCUGUACGUGAUCGAUAUGAAAAGGAUCGCAGGGUACUAUCAUCUGAAACUAACGCAACACAAGCAGAAACUGGAAGAUCUGUUGCGUAAAUUGAACGAGGCGAAGAAGGAAAUUAUAUCGAAGCAGAAUCAGAUUGAGGAGUUAAAAGUCGAGCACAGAACUAUCGAGGUUAAAGUGAAACGGUUGAACUCGCAGUUAAAUGAUUUAUUGACUUUCAUGGAGACCCACACUGCACCAGAUAUUUUAGAAUUCGUCGCGACGCAAGAAGAAUAUGCGGCAUUAGAUAGAACUUAUAGAUUAUUGCAGAGACGUAGAAAUAUUCAAAGAACAAUAUAUAAAGAACAUAAAGAGCAGACUCAAGUCAAAAAGAAAUCUCGUAUAAAUGAUGAAGUAUAACAGUUAAAAGUAAAGAAAGGAUCGCCAGGAUACCUUAUAGUUUUUUAAAAUAUUCACCUGCUUUUUUCCAUCAACUUGAGCCAGUCUUCUAAAAUCGUUUCUACUGGACGAACUCAAAAAUCUUCGCUAGAAGACGAGGAUGCAAUUAUAUCUGUAAAAAAAUUACGACAAUCUCGUACCGUCACUGGUUACGCCACCGGAUAAUUGGAGUUACGGUGCUUGUUUAGAAGACGAAGCAAGCCUGAAACGAUCGUCCACUUUCCAUGAUACCAGUACUUUCCAUAAAAUACAAAUUGCUUGGAAAAACAAAUUGCAAAAUACAGAACAAGAUAACUAUCAGUAUCCAGAAACUUUCAAUAUUAAUUUUUA